UUGGAGUACACGGAGGGGUAUUGCAGAGCUUCAUUCUUCUACUAGACGCAACAUUCACGAGCGGAUGCAAUAAACAGCAAGCAUGGGCCUUUCAGGAAGGAAAGUGAAGCAGCGAAUCUCCCACGACCCGAGGAACCUCUCAUGGGCGAACGAUGCAAACAAGUUUGGUUCUGCCUACCUCCAAAAGUUUGGCUGGGACUCCUCUUCCGGCCUCGGUCCGUCCGGUGAAGGACGUACCAAGCACAUCUCUGUAUACCAAAAGCUAGACAUGCUCGGUAUCGGCGCGGACCAUAAGAACAGCGCGGAUGGUACUGCAUGGAAGCAGGGGAGAGAUUUCGAGAAUUUGUUGCGCAAGCUGAACGCAAGUGCAGGGAACACUGAUGAGGUGACCGAGGUGGCCGGGGAGCAGAUGAAGGUGGAUGGGUUCGUGAGGCCCACGGCGCAGGCGGAGACUGCGUCCUUGGACAAGGAUGUAGAUGACCAGGCCGAAGGCGAGCAUUCAAAGCCGAAGAAGAGCAAGAAAAGGAAACAUGCAGAGGAGGAGGCUGAAGGAGAAAAGAGAAAGAGAAGGAGCAAGAAGCACAAGCCGGAGGAUGAGUCCUCGGGCCAGGAGCGUAAAUCACAGAAAAAGAGCAAGAAAUUCACCGCUGUCGAUGAACACUGUGUUGCCAACGCAUCUGGAUUAUCCUCAACGGCUAUUGCGGUCACCGCACAAGUCACCGAAACAACGACUGUUGUAUCACGCCCACACCGCGCCCAUCGCGCCCGACACAUCGCAUCAAAAGGCCUUGCCGCCAAGUCGGCCACGGCCAUAUCUGAGAUCCUCGGUAUCGCACCGUCCUUGUCGCUCACUACACCCUCUUUGACUACCUCGGCAUACUCUACGCCCAUUAUCGCUCUCGAAACGCCUGCCUCCGAGUCCGCCACACUAUCUACCGAGCUCAAGCUCCACGACCUCACGACCUCGAGCAAGAGCGUCAUGGACUAUUUCCGCGAGAAGCUCUCCGCGAAGAGCAACCAUGCUUCCGUACCCACGUCUGCAGAUGCGUCUGCCGUAGCAACCCCCGAUGCUUACGACGAUUAUGACGACCGUCCACGGGGAGGUCUAGGGGCUGCGAGAUCGCGGGUAGAAUACCGGACGAGUGAGGACUAUGACGACUGCCCUCGUGGUGGAUUAGGAGCAUCUAGGCUGUCUAGGACCGUUCAGUCACUGACUCUGGAGUCAACGGUAGCGGAGCGGUUUCACGUGGCUGUUCUAGAGCAGUGCGAAAAGAAGAAGUCCGCAGCUUCGGGUGAGAAUGACAAAGGCAAGAAGAAGGCCAAGAAGAGCAGGCACAAGGAGCAAUCUGCCGAGGAACCAAUGUCAGCUAUGCAACCGUUUGAAAAUGCGGAAGUUCAAACUAUCGAAGGCUCUCCCGAGCAGCCGAAGAAAAAGAAGAAGAAGGAGAAGGGGGAAGUAGAGGACGAACGGGCCCAAAUUGGCACCAGGAUGACCUUAGAUGCUGAGCCUGGAGCAGCUACGCAGCUGGAAAGCCAGAACGAUGGCGAUAUUGCGGAAAAAGAAGCAUCAGAGAACAAGAUGAAAAGGGCAAAGAAGGGGAAACGUAAGGACAAGCAGGAUUGAAGGCUCGAGUGGUUGCUGUAUCCACCGAGCACUGUAGGUUCUGUUGCCUAGCGGCUUUUUUUUUCCCUCCAGGGUGUUGUGAGCGACUCGCUGGAUCCUUUCUAACGGAUUACCAUGACACAGUGCUUAGCAUACCGGCGUGAUAUCCCUGACCGAGCCAUCCGGACUUCAUGUCGCCGCCGAGACAAAAUACCUCGUGAGCUCUUCAUUAUCCCCCUACUCAGCGUCGAUUCUGCUGUAAGCAGCUCGUGUGCCUACCGCGCUCAAGUUGUGAUCAGCUCAAUGGAGCAAGGAUCGCUGGCCUCAUGUUUUCCCGUGAAGUGACGGCGUGUUGGAGAAAGUUAUACACAUCUCCACAUUACGCCGAUGUGGACGGACCCGCUUUGCUUCCGUCCGGACGUAUGUGGAUCCGAAGUAACUGAAAACGGCUUAUUUGAA